CGUUAAACCCUAAACCUUUUGUUUGUUGUUCUUCUAACGCCGCGACGCGAUCUUACUCUCUCCCUCUCAGACUCUGAAGAACAAGCCUAAUAGCAAGCAUGAGCUCUUCGUUAGCGUCCCAGCUACAAGCCAUCAAGGCGGUUGUUCAAGCCGACACAGAGCCUUCGAAGAGACCUUACACGCGCCCUUCGAUUCUCUUCACUCCCAAAGAAGCAGCAGAUUUCGAUAUCGAAUCAAUCUACGAGCUAGGGCUCAAAGGUCUCGAAGUGCUUGGAAACAAAGACGAGAGGUUUAAAAACUUCGUGAGCGAUUUGUUUAGUCACAAAAGCAGAGAAAUCGAUAGGGAAUUGCUGGGGAAGGAAGAAAAUGCUCGGAUUGAUGCAUCUAUCAGCUCGUACCUACGGUUACUCUCUGGUUAUCUUCAGUUUCGUGCUUCCUUGGAGACUCUUGAGUAUCUCAUAAGACGAUACAAGGUUCAUGUAUACAAUGUAGAAGAUGUGGUGUUAUGUGCUUUGCCGUAUCACGAUACUCAUGCCUUUGUCCGUAUUGUUCAGCUCAUCUCCACUGGCAACACCAAGUGGAAGUUUCUCGAUGGGGUGAAAAAUUCAGGUGCUCCACCUCCUCGAUCGGUUAUCGUUCAGCAGUGUAUACGUGACACGCAGGUCUUGGAGGCCUUGUGUGACUAUGGAUCUCGGAGUAAGAAGUACCAGCCUUCAAAACCCGUGGUCAGCUUCACCACAGCUGUUGUCGUCGAGGUUCUAGGUUCUGUUGCAAAGGUUGAUGGAGAUAUUGUAAAGCUGAUUUUACCAUUUGUCGACUCUGGUCUUCAAUCUGCUGUGAAAGGAUGUUUAGAUCAGCAGGCUGGUGCGUUAAUGGUUGUUGGUAUGUUGGCUAACAGAGCCUCUCUAAAUGAUAAUCUUAUCAAACGGUUUAUGAGGUCAAUCAUCGAUGUUGCUCGUGAACAUGCCAAAGAAUCCUCUGAUCCUCAUUGGCUUCGGUUGUCAUUUAUGGCAUUGAUUAAUUUGGUUCAGUUGCAAUCUGUGGACUUGAUCCCAAAGAAAACUUUGGACCUUUUAAAGGAAAUAAGGGAUAUUUCUGGUGUUCUUCUAGGCCUGUCCAAAGAGUUCAACAUCAUGAAGUUCUUGGCAGUGUUACUAGAUUCUCUUCUCCUUUACUGUUCAUCUGAUAAUCAAUGCCUCGAAAUUUUGGUUUCCAUAAUUGAUAGUGUUCCAGUAGAAAACUUGGUUGAUCAUUUGAUCUCCAAGGUUUUCUCUACGUGUAUGACACAAUAUCAGAAGAACAAAAGUGAUAUUACAUCUCCUACAUCUGGGAGCUGGGCCAAGAAAAUUCUGGCUCUUGUUAGCAAGAAGUAUUCUGUUGAACUACGUGCAGCAGUACAAAAUUUUUUGGAGAAUAGUAAAGAUCUGUCGAAGAAAGAAGAUUUGAAGCUGGAGAUGCUGUCUCGUAUGCUGGAUGGGAAUUCAGACAUGUCCCUGCCGUUCUUGGAUUCAAAAUUGUGGUUCCGGCUCCACCAUCCCAAGGCUGCUGUACGUUGUGCUGCGCUUUCUAGUCUAAACGGUGAUCUCAAGCGUGAUAUAUCUAAAGCAGAGAACCUUGUCACAAUUCAGGAUGCUAUAGUGCGCCAGCUUUGGGAUGAUGAUCUGGCUGUUGUUCAGGCCGCCCUGUCUCUUGAUCAGUUGCCGAAUAUAGUAACCUCUUCUAGUCUUCUGGAUGCUUUGCUUCAGGUGGUGAAACGUUGUGUUGGGAUUCUCCAUUCAGGUUUAUCAAAAGAUGUUCAUCUGGCAGCAGAUGUCACUGCUUUAUCCCUUAAAAUUGCUGUCUCAGCUUUCUGUAAUCAAGCAGAGACUACAGAGAAAGUCGCUUCUGCAAUGUUCCCAUUUCUUUUAAUUCUGCCAAAGACUUGGAAUUUAAACCUAGAUGUACUGACUUUGGGGAAGGAUGUUAACUGGCCACUUUUCAAGAAUCUUGUUACUGAUGACGGAAUGAAAAAGCUCCCAGAUAUCAUGUCUGGAAACAUAUCCUCGAUCCGCGAAAGUGUGACUGCAUUGAACGUGGAUGUCGUUAACAAGCUGGUGGAAGCAUUUAUGGAUCACCCUGGUGACGUUAUUCAGUGGCUUACUGUCGGUUGCCAAGAGGCACCGUUGGCAAAGACGCUGUUUUUGGUGGUCUUGAUGCAGUCACUGCAGAAGAUGGGUUCUUCUUCUGAUCCUAGUCAAUUUUUGGAUCUUUUCGAGCUUUGCUUUCCUGUUCUGAAGACUGAGUGGGAAGAAUCUGAGGUUGUAGUUGACGUUUCUUUGAAAGAGCUGUCAAAAAGCAACUGCCAAGAACUCUUAUAUCAACUUUUUGACACCUCUGAUUUUACUGCACUGAAUUCAAAGAUUCUGAUCUGCUUGUUUUGGAAGUUGGUCGAGUCAUUCAUAAAACUCGAACCCGCUCAUGUCUCUUCGGUUUUUAGCGGAAGGUUGUGUAGCGGACUUGAGGACUUGUUUUUCUUUUUUGCAACAACCCGAUCACAGCAUGUUUUCAAAGAACACCUCCACUACCGUGUGAGAGAAGCCAAAGUCUGUCCCGUUUUGUUUCUCACUCGGCUCAUAUCACGAGAAGAUGUUCCUCAUAUGGUCAAAGCUGAAAGUCUCAAAUGCUUCUUGUAUCUUUGCUCUAAUGGAAAUAGUGAAUGGUCGAUUCAGAUAUUCUCUAGUUUUCCAGUUCUUUUGGUUGCCAUAUCGAGUGAUAAUCAGGACGUUAAAGUAGCUGCUAUGGAUUGUUUUGAGGCGCUCUACAACCUACGGUGUCAUGUCGACUCUAGCAAGAAAAACGGGAGUGCUGCAAUCUAUAGUAGUUCUUUUGAUGAACUGUUGGGAAUGAUUGUUCAACAAAGGAGGCUUAUAUUGUCAGACAAUAAGUUUCUUCCAUCCUACUUGACAUCGCUGCUCAGUUCAACCCCUAAUGACUUACUAGUGCCAGUUGACCUGCAAAAAAGGUUUGAUCAUCCUGCAAAAGAAAGCAUUCUUUCGUGCAUCUUAUUGUGUGCGCGAGAACUUCCUGCUUAUGGGAAGCUAAGAGUUUUAUCACUGCUAAAAGGUCUGGGCAUCUCACUUCUGCGUGAUGAAAAUGUUAAGUUAUUGUCUCAACUUCUGGAUAAACGUAGUCAAUACUACAUUAAACUGGACAAAACUUCCCCUCCAAUGUCAGACACAGAGGUUGAUUUAUUGUGCCUUCUUCUGGAGUGCUCCAUGAUGCGUUCAGCGCCGUUCAAAGGGCAGUCUCUUGAUGAUGAUAUACUGAAAUCAUUGGAAGUAAGGAUAUUUCAUUGUUCCAUUUUUGCCUUGCGUACUUGGAUACUUUUUCGUUCCAGUCAUAGAUGUUUUCUUUUGCAGAUGGACUGUGUGGCAUCAGAACAUCCUGCUGUUAUAUCCCCAGUUCUUACUAUUUUGGAGAAGUUACGCAAUCAAUACUAUACUGAACUGAAGACCGAUCUUCAGAUUCGUUUCUUCCACAAGCUAGUGUCAAUGUUUCGAAGUACAAAUGGCAGAAUACAAGAUGCUGUUAAAGAAGCUUUCUUACGCCUAAAGAUUUCUUGUUCAACGGUGAUCCAUACCCUCGAUCAUAUCACUCAGCAGGAUAAUCUUGUUAUUGAUCCUUUGAGCAAGAACAAGAAACAGAAGAAAUCGGUGUCAUGUCUAGAAGAAGACGUAAGCGGUGUUCUAAGAGGAGAAAAGGCUCUCUGUUUCAUUGCCUCGUUACUUGACAUGCUUCUUCUAAAGAAAGAUCAAGUUCACAGGGAGUCACUUGUAGGGCCUUUGUUUAAGCUUCUAGGAAGGUGUAUGUCUAAUGAAUGGGUGAAAAUUGCUUCGUCGGAUGAGGAUGAUGUUCGUGAAAUAACUCUUGCAUCUAUUUCUUCCAUCCAACAGACAGUGCUCUUACUCCUGAAAGAUAUAUUUGAUUCUCCGAAUAUGAAUCCUUUGAAGGCGGACAUAACAAAUGAAAUCAAUGUCAAAAUGCUGGUUGACUUUGCUCAUUCCUCAAAUGAUGGAGUCAUACGAAACUAUAUCUUCUCCCUCUUCACUUCAAUAGUUAAAAUUGUCCCAGAUAGAGUUUUGGACCAUAUCAUCAGCAUACUUACACUGGUUGGCGAAUCAACAGUGACACAGAUUGAUAGCCACUCGAAGUCGAUCUUUGAGGAGUUUAUGUCAUCGGUUAUUCCAUUUUGGCUGUCUAAGACCAAGAGUGAGGAGCAGUUGCUGGAGAUUUUUGUUAAAGUGUUACCUGAUAUUGUUGAGCAUAGAAGGCGUUCCAUUGUAGCUUACUUGCUGGGAGUUAUUGGUCAACAAAAUGGCUUGCCUUCUUUACUUGUCCUCUUGUUCCGAUCCCUUAUUUCAAGGAAAGACUCAGCUUGGCUUGGGAAUGUCCAGAAUUCGGGUACGUUUAUAUCCGAUAUUAAGAGGGAGUGGGAGUAUACUUUUGCCGUGGAAAUAUGCGAACAAUACACUUCUUCAACAUGGCUCUCGUCCCUGGUCAUACUUCUUCAGACUAUCAGCAAAGACAGUUCUAGUAAAGAAUGUUUCUUUCAGAUGCGGCUUGUCUUGGAAUUUAUAUUCCAGAAACUGCAAGACCCAGAAUUUGCAUUUGCAGUGUCACUUGAGCCAAGAAAUAGUGUUUCAGUUGGCAUUCAGCAAGAACUGCAGGAGCUUAUGAAGGGUUGUAUACUUCUCCUACAAACUGUUGAUUCCACAAAGGAGAAAGAUGUGACUUCUGCAGUCAGAAAGGAAAUCAGAAUGCGUAUACAUGAUGUGUUGAUGACAGUUACAGGAGUUAUGGAUCUGUCUAUAUAUUUCAGAGUUGUUACUAGCUUACUUAAGCAGCAGUCAGAUCGUAAUGGGACGAAAAAGGUACUUGGGCUUAUAAGUGCGAGAGCUAAGGACUCCACUACUUCUAAACCGAAACACAAUAGGAGGCUCCCCAAUCAGAAAAGAGGAAACCCUUGGUUGAACCUGGAUGAGGCAGCUGUUGAAGCUUUCGGGAAGAUGUGCGAGGAAAUCGUCAGUGUAAUUGUUGAGGCAGAUGAUGAGUCAGGUGUUCCAGCUAAACGAGCUGCCAUUUCUACACUGGAAGUUUUGGCUAGCAGGCUUCCCUCUGGUCAUCCGAUUUUCAGCAAGUGUCUUGCAUCUGUCGCAGAAGGCAUCAGCUCAAAGAAUCUGGGAGUUUCUUCAAGCUGUCUUCGUACAACUGGUGCGCUGAUCAAUGUUCUUGGACCAAAGGCGCUCGUUGAACUUCCUAGCAUAAUGAAAAAUCUGGUACAACAAUCGCGGGAAGUGUCAUCCGCAUCAACUGGAAGCGCAACAGCCGAGGAACAGUUGCUUAUGCUGUCUGUUCUAGUCACUUUGGAAGCAGUGAUUGAAAAACUUGGAGGUUUCCUCAAUCCUCAUCUUGGGGAUAUCAUUAGACUCAUGGUGCUGCAUCGUGAAUACGUUUCUGACUUCGACAAGAACCUUAAAUCCAAAGCCAAUGCCAUUAGGCGACUCCUUGUGGAAAAAAUACCUUUUCGCCUCACUCUGCAACCUCUUCUACGAAUAUACGAUGAGGCUGUUAGUUCUGGCGAUGCAAGUUUGGUGAUUGCUUUUGAUAUGCUUGAAAAUCUGGUUGCAAAAUUGGAUAGAGCAUCUAUUGUUUGCAACCAUGCAAAGAUCUUCGACCAGUGCUUAGCUGCCCUUGAUAUCCGACGCCAAAAUCCAGCAACAAUUCAGAACGUUGAUGAUGCGGAGAGAAGUGUAAUCAAUGCGACGGUUACACUCACAAAGAAGCUAACUGAGUCCGAGUUCAAACCCCUCUUUAUCAGAAGCAUUGAUUGGGCAGAGUCGGAUAUCGUAGAUGGAUCUGGGAAUGAAAACAAGAGCGUCGACAGAUCUCUCUCUUUCUACGGUCUGGUGAACAGACUCUGCGAGGCACACAUGUCCAUCUUUGUGCCAUAUUUCAAGUUCAUGCUCGACGGUAUUGUAUCUCAUCUCACCAGUGCCGGAGCAUCAGUUUCAACAAGGAAGAAAAAGAAGGCCAAAAUUCAGGAAACGGAUGACUCUAUACCACCAAAAAGCUGGCAUCUUAGGGCGUUGGUGCUUGCUUCUUUGAAGAACUGCUUUUCGCAUGAUACUGGAAGCGUGAAGUUUCUCGACGCAAAUAACUUCCAGGUGCUAUUGAAGCCUGUAGUAUCGCAGCUUGCUGUUGAACCGCCAUCUGGUUUAAAGGAGCUGCCACAUGUACCCUCUGUAGAAGAGGUUGAUGAGUUGCUUGUUUCAUGCAUUGGUCAAAUGGCAGUAGCCUCUGGCUCUGAUCUCCUCUGGAAACCGCUGAACCACGAGGUGCUAAUGCAAACAAGGAGUGAGAAGUUGCGUGCGAGGUUGUUGAGUCUGAGGAGUGUGAAACAGAUGUUGGAUGAUCUGAAAGAAGAGUAUCUAGUGCUGCUCGCUGAAACCAUUCCAUUCUUGGGUGAACUACUGGAAGACGUUGAUCUAUCUGUCAAAUCAUUGUCUCAAGAUAUCAUCAAACAGUUGGAAGUGAUGAGCGGUGAAGAUUUGGAGCAACACCUCUGAAAACUUUGAUUGCUACAAAACCUUAGAUUCCCCAGUUUUUUUGAGUCUUUUGUCUUGUUGGUAAUGAUCAUGACUUGAUAAUCAACCUGUUUCUCUGAAGGAAAUAACUUUUGAAUCUAUUUAAUUAAAGCAAUUAUUAAACUUGUU